GUUCGAUUCUAUUCUGGUUCUAUCCGCUUUGGGGUUUGGGGGAUCAUAAAACUCUGCUAAUCUCUGUGUCGAUAAGAUUGCGGCUGACGGCCCGGCUCCACAAUCCACAACCCACAACCCAACUGGAAGCUAAAAUGAGCGUGCCGAAUCUGCUGCUACUUUCCUCUUCGCGAGUUCACGGCCAUGGGUAUCUGGAGCAUGCUCGCGCCCAGCUGGAGAAUCUCUUCAAGGCUUCCCACGUGAAGACGGUGCUCUUCGUGCCGUAUGCACUGAGGGAUCACGACAAGUAUACGGCGCUGGUGCGGAAUGCGAUUGCACCCUGGGGCUAUGAUGUCGAGGGGCUGCAUACCAAGGAGAACCGCGGACAGGCGCUGCGCGAUGCGCAGGCCUUGUUUGUGGGCGGCGGCAAUACCUUUGUUCUGCUGCGCACCCUCUACGAGCUGCAGCUGCUGGAGCCCAUCCGCGAGCAGGUGCUGCAGCGCGGUCUGCCCUAUGUGGGAAGCAGUGCGGGCACCAAUGUGGCCACCAGCUCCAUUCACACCACCAACGACAUGCCCGUGGCCCAUCCGCCCAGCUUCGAGGCCCUGGGCCUCGUCCCAUUCAACAUCAAUCCUCACUACCUGGAGACGGACCCCAACAGCGAGCACAAGGGGGAGACGCGGGACGAGCGGAUCGCGGAGUUUGUGGCCUACCACUGCCGGCCCGUCCUCGGCCUCCGAGAGGGCACCAGUGUGCGGGUCGAGGGCAACAAGGCCACCCUCCUGGGGGAUCGGAGUGCUAAGCUUUUCCAAUCCGAUGGGGGAUCCAAGGAGCUGCCACCCCAAGCGGAUCUCAGUUUCCUGCUGAGCAAGGACUAAAACAACGAAAGAUUAUUUGACAUACACA